AUGACUGUAGGUUCACAUGAAGUAUUCGAAGGACAUUUACCACAACUUAUUCCAUUAUAUUAUAUUGAAUUUGUGUUUAUACCCACAAAUAUAUUUCAAUCACUGUCCUCAGAAGCUCAAAAAUCGGCUAAAGCAGCUUUUAAAGAUUCUCUUUUCGUUACCAAUCACGAAAUUGAUCUUAGUUUAAUUAAACCAGGCAGCAUCAUUCCAUUUGAUGUAACUCGUCAAUCUUAUCAAAAGUUUGUACUUGACCAGAUCUUUCAAAAGAUCGAAAAAAGAAUCAAUAAACCACAAGUCACACAUGGUGUUGUCAUCACAAUAUCAGCCUCAAAAUUUGAAGAGCAAAUUGUUUUACCAAUAACCGUUUCUCAACCUUAUAAAUUGUAUUGUCUUGAUAAAGUUCCAAUGUCAAAUCAUCUCAAAUUGACUUAUAUUAAUCCAAAAGAAGAUCAGUCUAAUCUUCGAUGUCUUAUUGGUUAUGUUGCCGAAAAACCAUCGACAACUACAGAAGACUAUCAUGAAGCAUAUUCAUAUAUAAAUGAUGGUCGCCCAUAUCAACAUGAAACUAAUAUUCAUAUGAGUAAAUUUAAAGCUAAAUCGAAUGUAUUUUAUCGUGGUUGUAAUACUGAUAAUUUUUUACAUUUUGCUUGA